GGGCUAAAAGUAAAUUCAUCAACAACAAACGCGACAGAAUUGUUUAGCAGGCUAAAAUUAACAAUAUACUACGCCGUAAUUUAACGCGAUCUCACUGAGAGAAUUUCAUCUAAUUUUACUUAAAAUUGAAGGAAAAGGCCUUGUUACCUUGGAGUGCUUGCAGGCAGUCAGACAACUGAUGUGACUUCGUUCAUUCAUUGAUAUUUCUGUCGCCGCGGCAUUACAAAGCCGCGAAGUUCGUCUGCGUUUCAAAGCAUCAAAGAGUAAACGGACUCUAAUUAAUAUCCACCUUCCGUGUUCUAAAGGUUCACUGAACCAUGGCAGCAAAAUCAAACGAAAACGACGGCACUGUUGUUGCGUCCAGCACGUCCAGGGGAGUCAGUGUGAGAGUAUCAUCACCAGUAAAAAGUCCAACAAAAACUAUAAAUGUGGAUGUUAAUGGUAAAGGAGCUCAUGAACCCUGCAGCACAUCCAACUGUGCAUGUGGAACACAUACUUCUCACAAACUCAUGCAACAAAGCAAACACAUUACAUGCUCUUCUCAAAACUGCUGCUGUAGCCGUGAAGUACAUGUCCCAGGAAUGGUCUACCAGCAUGUCACGCCAGCUGUAGCAAAUGUCAUGAUUGAUGCAUCCAGUUCCCCAACCCAAGACACCAAAGCCACACCCAAGCAUGGAGGAGUACACUACUGCUCAAGCUGUCCCCCUGGACCACAUACCCAUCAUGUGUACUCACCAGCCAAUUGUCAUCCCCAGCAGGCUCCAUUCAUGGAUCACGCUCACUGUGGCUGUCAACCAGGAUAUGUUGAUGGACAUUUUCAUUUUCCUCAUCAACAGACUCCACCAAGACCUGUUACAGUCAUGGCACAUCCACCACCUUUACUGCUUAGACCUGUUCAGCCUCAGCAUAUGCAACAACAUCAGGCAAUUCUUGAGCAGGAACUCCGCCCCUAUUUUGAUGGGAAAUGGAAAGGUCUAGGAGAUCCCCAUUUGUCAAACUUUGGUGGACGACCCCAACCAUCAGAUGGAUCUGUGGCAAGUGCCAACUCAUUUAUUGGUGAAUCCCAACCAGCUCAGCACCACCCACUGUUUCAUCGCAACAUCUGCCAGUGGCCAGGUUGUGAAGCUUUUUGUGAGAAUUUCCAACAGUUUUUGCAUCACCUUAAUGCUGACCACGCCUUAGAUGAAAGGAGCACAGCUCAGGCUCGGGUACAGAUGCAAGUUGUGAUGCAUCUGGAAUUUCAGAUGAACAAAGAACGUGAGAGGUUGUCAGCGAUGAUGAACCAUUUACAUACUCCCAAGGUCACCCAACACACUCCAAACACAAACUCAGAUCUGGAAGAAGAGAGUCACCAACAAGUGCCUCACUCCCAAGCUCAAACUCUGCUUCAUGUCACUCACCCACCCCCUCCUCAGCAUCCUCACAUGACGUCCCUAGAAGAUACUCCGCCGGCGGAGCAUUCUCCUACCCUUCAGGGUAGACAGGAGAUUCCUAUGUCACCGGAAAGCCCACCAACGAUGGGAAGUCAUCCUCUGAGCCCGCCACCCAACAUGGCAGCAGUGCAUGAAAUGACCAGUCCAAGUGACCUCUCUGUUGUACAGACACCAACUAUUCACAUGCUGGAAGAUAAACAAAUUCGCAUGAAGAAAAGAACUGGAGAUCCUGACGGAAUAGCCUUGGAUAUUCAGCGAUCAGCGGAUUUCUAUCAGAAGGCAGAUGUAAGACCCCCGUUCACGUAUGCGUCAUUGAUAAGACAGGCCAUUUUAGACGCUCCCGAACAGCAACUUACAUUGAAUGAAAUCUACUCCUGGUUCAUUCACAAGUUUGCUUACUUCCGGAGGAACGCUGCCACAUGGAAGAACGCAGUCCGUCAUAACUUGUCCCUUCACAAAUGCUUCAUGAGAAGAGAGAACGUAAAAGGAGCCGUGUGGAUUGUGGAUGAAGAUGAAUACAUGAAACGGCGGCCACAGUCCAAAGUCAUUCAUAGCACCUCCAGAAUGAUGAAACAGGAGCGAGACCGGAUGAUGCAACAGGGUGCCCUAGGGGGACUCCCCACACAAGUCAACUUGCUUCCCGUGGGUCCAUCUGGUUCCAAUAAUGCCAGCGAGGAUGAAGGCUCCAGUCAAGAAGAUAGUCGUAAAAGAGGAUCGGAUUCAGACACCGGUGAUGAAAUGCCUCCUCAGAAACGCGCGGAUAUAAGGGAUGGAGAGGAAGUGGAGGGCGUGGUCGGUGGCAUCACAAAACUCGUAGAGUUUUGCUCUAAAGACAUCAACAGCCAAUUGUCUCAGUCCCAAGUACAAGUGAAGCUAGAGCCUCCAGAAGACGGACCAAUCGUAGCACUGAACGGCGACGCUGACUCUGGAGAUGAUCAUUACGAUUCCAAUGGAAUGAACGGGGACAGCGUAAUGGAGACUGGGGUGAGGGAGGAUGAAGUUAGGCAGCGGCCCAGAAGUUGAUAACAGAGUGCGGAAUGGGAACAAACUACCAUCGACUGUCAAUGACCGGAGGACAACUUGAACUUGCUGCCACUGCGCAGUGAAGCACUGAGAGGCGUUAUUUACUCUGAAAGAAGUCAUCAAAAUCGUUGUAAAUAAGAGCAUGAUAAGAAUAUCUUAUUUAAAGUGGAAACAUCCCCAUUUUGAUUUAACGUGUUUCUGAUAAAAGUGCUUUGAAAGCAUUCAACAAAUUGCAGUAAAAAGUUGAGAAAGAACAUUGAAGCAGUAAAAGAAGUAUUAAAUGAACGGAAGUUGUACGUAGUGAGAACAAAACACGAGACAUACUUCUAUUUGACGAAAAGUUUUGAUUAAUAUUGAUUGCCAAGGAGGUCGCAAAGAUUACUUCAGAUUUUGUGUAAAUUAGCAGAUGCAGGAUUUUUUGCAGUCCUUUACUCUUCAGCUGGGAUUGAAGGAACGGUAAAACAAUUAGUAUUUUAACGAGGUCUUUGGCUUAUUCACUUUGCUCUUUCACUUUCAAUGAUUAUGCAAUUAGUAAAACUUUCUCAACUCUAUUCAGUACUCUAUUUGAAUCAGGUAUUCCCUACCUCUAUCAGGUUUCCAAGACGUUGGUAUUCCUAGUGUGAACUACCCUAGUUAAUUGAUUAAAUAGUUAUGAUCAUUCUCUCAAGUUAUACUUCAAAGUUUCUUAGAAAGCUAAAUUAUCUUUACGGACGGUUUUUCUUUAUUUGUAAGAAAGUCCUUCUUUUGACAGUGAGCCACGAGUUACGUAAACCUUUCAGUUGAACAUGA